UAAAUAUAUGGCAAGAGAGAGAAGGCAAGCGCUAGCGGUGAGCAGCGUUGUCGGAGAUGUUUUGGAGCCCUUUACACCGACAGCCGACCUUCGAGCUUACACCGAAGGCAAGAUCAUCAUCAGCGGCUGUCGUUUGAGACCAUCCCAGGUUCGUGACCGCCCUAGGGUUCUUAUUGGAGGUCCUAAUGAUUUUCGAACAUUCUAUACUCUUAUAAUGGUCGAUGCUGAUGCUCCAAGCCCCAGCAACCCACACCUUAAGGAGUACUUGCACUGGUUGGUUACUGACAUCCCAGGAAACACAGAUGCUAGCUUCGGAAGGGAAAUAGUGAGCUACGAGAGUCCUCAGCCGGCGGUGGGAAUCCACCGGCUUGUUAUGGUGCUUUUCCGGCAGCAGGGCGGCCGCCAAGCAGUUGGCGCACCGGUGCGGCGGCAGAAUUUCAACACCAGAGAGUUUUGUGAGCUCCAUAACUUCGUUACUCCCGUGGCAGCCUUGUAUUAUAAUUGCCAUAGGGAAAAUGGCACAGGCGGCCGCAGAGUCUAAAAUUGUUCCAAUUAUUAAUGUUUAAGUCAUCUCGGAUGUGUAAAAUAAAAGAUCUGUUUUUUUUAAGGCCAAUUAAUA